AUGGAUAGUGAUACAUUACAAGAACGAUUUGCUAACUGGCUUCUGGUACAUCGCAUCGCUUACAAGGUGGCGAUCACUGAUUCGUUACCAUACGACGCUGAUCUAUACAACGAGAUAAAUGAUCUAAACAAUGCUAAUGUUCACCAAAAGAGGAAGAUAAGACAUUAUUAUAUCGAUAGAAGGUUUCCUGAUCCUACGUGCUUUCUACCAUCUGCUGCCUUUUACCUAAUUAAAGGUUUUUAUAAUGAUUUAGAAUCUUUCUCAAUAAAUAAGGACCUCAUGGUUACAACAGAUCAUGGAGAGCCACUAUUAGAAUAUAUUAGAACCCAAGGUAUGGGUGAUUUUGAACCGGUAUGGUCAGAUACAAGAAUACAGGAUCCGGCAACCAUGUUUUUGCCCAAUGAUCAAAAACUAGUAGUUGAGAAAGUUGAGCGUCAUAAUAUACCAUAUAGGCUAUCCGAUUCAAAGACUCCAUUACUCAAUUAUUGUAAUAAUUUGUUAUGUACGUAUGGAGAAUGGGUUAUUGUAGCAGUCGGUUCCGAGAUUCGAAGGUUUAAGAUGGAUGAUGAGAUUGAUGGGGACGUUAUGGAAACUCAUAAAUCAUUCGGGGUAUUUGAUCUACUAUUUGCAGAAUAUCCAGAUGGAAUGGUUCUUGAGCAAUCACUAGAUAGUGAUUUUUUUAUGAGUUCAGAUCGACUUCGUGUAAAUUUUAUGAAGAUUUGUAGAUUUCAAUCAAUAGAUGUUCUUUGCGUGUGCACAGAGGUUGGAAUUGUAGUUAUAAUCGAUAUAUCACAUUGGAUACUCCACGAUACAAAUGACAGUAUAGCCUGUUGUUAUAAAAUUUGCUCGGAAGAUGGAGCUUGCUCCAAGUAUGCAGCACUCCCAGUCACGAUAUUAGAUGUCUCGAAGGGUGCUUGGAGCGUAGACAUCAUCCAGUUAAGCUCAACGGCGUCAAUGGUUGCCGUCGGUCAUAACGGGCCUGGGAUAUCAAUCUUCAGAUAUGGUGAUGAUGAUGUGCCAAUCUCAGGAAAUUUGUCGACACCCCAUAAUGUCCCAUGCCUUAAUUUUGUUCAAGGCUCAUUGGAUUCGCAGGGGUAUGUAACAUUGACAUAUGUCACUGUGAAGGGCUCCAUCAGUGCGAUUAAGGUGAGGUUUAUUCAAAAUAAUUUGGAUGUGAUUCAUUUGGAUACACAACUAGUUGAUGAAAUGGCAUGGACUAUAACGCCAUUGGUGAGAUCUGACUUCUUAUCUGUACCGAUGUUUGAAUUGUUAAAUUUGAACUUCAAAGAAUUUUUCAAACAAUCUAUCAUAUCAUCAGCUAUGAUGGAUACAAUGGUAUUAAAUGGGGAAUUACCAAACUUAAACCUAUCUAAUCGUUUAGGCCCUGGUACAUUAACUACACAGAUUCCGGUUCCAACAUCGAAUUUGACUUGGAGAUGCGUGGCAGGAAUGUUAGAUAUACAUGUUAACUUAAGAUUUACCACAUUUGAUAUAGAUGGACAGAUAGAUUCUGCAGCUUUAAUAAAGGGUAAUCAUGAGGGCUUUGCGUGGCAGGUAUUAAAUGAGAGAACGGAACUGAGAUCAAGAGAGCGAGUAGAAUUGGAUGAGAGGAUAAACCCUAUAGAGCAUUAUUAUUUAGAUAAUCCUAAUCAAGUAAGUUAUAAAAAUUGUUUCAGUGGAACAGAUACACAAAGAUAUGAAAAGCAAUGGAACAAUGGGUUCUUAAUUAAACAAUGUACUAGACCCGAAUCUGGCUCAACUACUUCGCUAAAUUCUAGGUCAGUGACACCUAUAAAUAAUACAAAUUUUAGAUUUAUAACCUCUCAAAUAGAAGGAGAUGAUUGGGAAAGUAGUUAUUCCCCAAGAGAAUUUAAAGAUAUGACGUAUGAAUGGCAGUCUAGGUCUAAGUCAUACCGAGAUGGGUGGUCGGCGUUUCAUAGAAUUCCUCAUCCUCGAGUUAUAGAUAUCGGACCUUCGGUAAUAGCACAGAGUACAUUAUUGCCUUUACCAUUAGGCAUGAAACCACUCACAACGAAAGGUAUUGAUGAAGAUGAUGAAUUGACAAGUAAAGAAACAUUGGCUCAUAUGAGUGUAGACAACAACAACAGCAACGACAACAACAACAAUAAUAAUAAUAUAACUCCAUCAAGAGUAACAUUUUCUGCCGGGACAAUAGACAGUCAUUUUGAUGACAAUGAUGACGAAGGGUUGAACCGUAGAUUAGAGUUUGCACAUGAUCAACAAGGGCAAUGGUUUUUACACAACCAUGUGUCUAAAGUGAGAAAAUUAAUGAAGUAUAUGGACUUGAAAAAAGAGGAUCCAAAAGAACAACAAAAUAAUGAGAAACAAGUAAUCGACUCAAUAAAUGACGAUGACUUCUUAUUGGUUACUACAGAGUCCCGUAUUCUCCUGAUGAAAUUGUUUCCAUUAAUAAUAACAUCUUUCAAUAAGGACGAAAUUUUUCCACUUAAUGAGGUUACGGUGUGUAUCCCACAUUCAUUUAUUGACUCACUCAAUAGAAUUAAUUUUAUUUGUCUCAUAAAAGAACUGAAUUGUAUUGUUGUAGCAUCUCAACUGGGACUAGUAUCCUUAUUGAGAUUAACGGAAUACAAGGGUAUUCUUUCAUUUAGACAAGAAUAUAUAUUAGGAUGGCAACCACAAGAUCCUCAAAGACCCGUAGACGGUAGAGAUGAAUGCAUUAAGGAUACAAUGAAGGAUCGUCAUGGAGAUGGUAUUGCUUGUGGAGUGGACGAUGUUGCGUUUCGUUUAUUUAAUAUUAUUGGUAUGGAUUAUACUUAUAUGCCUUACGAUAGAAACAACAAGACUGGAGGUUACGCUAUAUUAUUUUUAAAUUGCCAUGGCGAAUUACAUCGAUACAAGAUCACAACUGGGAAUUCUCACUUUAAACUUUAG